UUCACGCAGAAAUUACCGCUGAACCCAAGGUCGCGGCAUGUGAAGCAUGUCCAACUCGGAACGGAGCGCCGGAGGCAGCAACGUUACCAUGAAGCGGUGUCACACGUUCUGCAUGCGGGUGAGCAUGCUAAUCGCCCUGGUGGCCGUUCUCCUCGGCGCCAUGUGCCUCAUCAUGCUGCGCUUCCCGGAGAAAGAUGUCCAUAUGGCAUCCACGGACAUGCGACUAGUCGAGGCCGUCUCCAACGUGUGGUGCGGCGGUCAGGAGUUCGUGUCCGCACAUCCCUUCAGCGUGUACAGAGUCAACGACCUCCCGCCCGCGGUACCAGUUAACCACGUUCAUCACUCCAUUGACCUGUCCGCCAGCGUGCCUUCCGGAAAGUUUCAUUACCUGCGUUACUAUCUGCUCCCCGGCUCUAACGUGACAGCUGACGUGGUAGCCGACGCUCCAGGGGGAACCAUCCACGCAGUCAGGGGAGAGGAAGAACUUCAGCGCUGCGUCCGAACUUUCCAGGAACAGGAAGACUCCGAAGAUAAUGACGACGACAACAGCUCUGAGGAAGACGACUAUGCGGUGGGUCCCAUCGGCAGUGGGAGACGUCUCCCCGCCUUUUAUCGGUGGGCCAUGAAGUCAAAGAAGAUUAUCCCAUCAGAUGUCUUGUCCCGGCAAGCGUCAUCCCCCGGUCUUAUUCUCGAGACGGCGAGACUUACGUUCAAGGCCACAGCGGCUGACCUUUACUACGUGUUGCUCGUGAACGAGAACAGGUCUUCCUCAUCAGUGGUGAACUUCGGCAUCCGUUUGGACCUGAACAGGACCGUCUUCGGCGUGAGUCCGCAAGAUGUUGUCUGUCUCGAGCAGACCCACUGUGUGUACCACGUUCACUUCGGUGCAGAAGACAGACUCAUCCUCCACGUUCCUCGUGAAAGAGACGCCGGCAACGCUGUUUUCACCAUCACGACGUCGUGUAGACCCAGGGUCUUCUUCUAUGCCCUCCUCUUCAUCCUCAUCCCGAUCCUCUUCCUGGUCUUCCUGGGAGCCGUCAUCCGGGCCUUCAGCUACUUGGCCAACUCGUCGAGCGAAGAAGGCAAGUACCUCAGGUUCCGGCUGUUUAGAGACGAUGAGAGAACCAGGAGCCGGCAAACGAGGCCGCAGGACCUCGUGGUUUCUCAGCUGCCGGGGGAAGCGGAAGCCGGUGGUGAUCCGGCGGCAGCGGCUGAACAUUUCCUGGUGUACCAUGUACCCGGUAUGGAUCCUCCGCCGAGGACGCCGCCACCCUGUUACUCAUCGCUGCAACUGGAAGGCGGCGAAAGUCCCGAAGACGAAUCUCUUCUGCCCAGCACCGCCACUGCCGAAGCUAGCGCACCCCCUCUUCAGCCGCCGCGUUAUUCCGACAUCCUUAGGCAGGAGGAACAGCGAUCUUCAACUUCAGCUGCUGAAGAAAGGACACUCGAUGCUGACGCAGGAGCCUCGAUUACCCGGGAUGUGGACCGAGCUUCUGUUCCUGUCUAGUUAUUAGAGCAUGUUAUGUCUAUGUGCCAAGGGACAUCGUUCGCUUGGUCGUACUAUCUUGUUGGUGGAACAGCAGCUCUAUGGUUCUUUCUGUGAAUCAGACUUUGGAAACUGUUCUGCUGGAACUGCGAGCCCGACAGAGUGAGCUGUGUGGAGUUAAAACAAGAAAUGAAGGGCCACGCAGAAGUAGGCUUUACAAACUGCCGUAGUUAAAUUGUUUGUCCGCGAGUGAACUUUUCAGUAGCCUUGAAGACUGGCUCCGACAAAGUGUACCAGUCUCAAAAUGCUAGGAUGUGUCUUCAGUGGUUCAUGGAACACUAGCAGAAACCACGCGUCAUGCGUUCAUGUUACCGUUAUGCUCUCGAUGUUUCUGUUGGAUGGGCAGAAAUUGCAAGUUAAUGAUGUCUGGUGUCUUUCAGAUUGAGUGUCCUUAUGCUUUGCAGCAUAACUCAGACCUAUGUUGUCACGCAGUGCAUUGAACAGGAAGCGACACAAAGAAGCAGUGAGCAACCUCCAGUUGCUACAAAUUUGUACAGAGAACGAGAAAGAGAGAGAGAAAAAGUAGGCUCGUGACGCCAAACUAGAGGCAUCGCGAAGUAGGUAACAGAAAACUGAAUGGGCCUUGGAGGGUAGAGGUUCCUUUGGCGGUGUAUUGUGGUACUGCUCUGUGUAUGGCUUCCCGCUUCGUUCAUUGGUGAUGUUCCCCCGAACCGUAUAACUCUGUGGAUGACUAAAUAAAACCAAGAAAUAGGGGGUCAUAAGUAUCACAAAUUAGUCAUAUGCCAGCAGCAACGGAAAGUUUCCCAUGGGGGCAGAUAAAUGCUGCUCCGAACUACCGCGGGAUACUUUUAUUGUUACUACAAGAAAUUGAACAAAACCUGGAUAUAAGAGUUAUAUGGCAAAUAUUUCAUAUCGUAUGAUGUAAAGUGUCCAUGCUUAACAUCUCUGUCCCUUUACGAUGCAAACCAUUCGAAGAUAAUAAUGUGAAUAAAUGUUAUCCCGAUCUUGUAUUGUUUA